AUGUCCGAAAAGGUCGUCCUCUGUACCGGUGCCAACCAGGGACUGGGCUUUGCCAUCAUCCAGGUGGCCGCGCUGCGUUAUCCCACCCACAAAUACAUUCUGUGCAGUCGCGACCUGGGCGCCGGCCAGCAGGCAGUGCAGAAGCUGCGCGAUCUGGGGGUGACGGCGGCGAUUGAUCUGGUGCAGUUGGAUGUGACCAAGGACGAGCAGAUCACCGCUGUGGUGGACAAGGUGACGUCCACUUACGGUAGAUUGGAUGUCCUGAUCAACAACGCGGGCAUCAUCCGUCUUCCCUCCGCCACGGAUCUUCCCGCCGCGCGCGCCACCUACAACGAGAUCCUCAACGUCAACAUCACCUCCGUCGCGCUGAUGACCACAGCAUUCACGCCGCUGCUCUAUCAAUCUUCCGGUCCCAAAGUGAUCAACAUCUCCUCCGGGCUCGGGAGCAUCCAAAACUCACUGACCAAAAAGAUGGGCCGUGCGCCCGCCUAUGGGGCCAGCAAGAUCGGCAUGAACGGAUUGACGGUCCACAUGCAAGUGGCCGAGAAUGAUCGCAUCGAGAAGGAGGAGGCUGAAUCGACCGGAAGUGGUGGAAAGCCGCGCAUCCGGUACUAUGCCUGUGCACCGGGGGCGUUGAAGACAGCGUUCACGAACUGGUGGCCCAAUGGGCGGUCGCCCGAAGAUGGGGCGGAGGUGGUGGUGCAGUUGUUGGGAGAUGAUGAGGGCAAGUUUGAGGGAGGUUCGUAUUGGGAAUUUGUGGAAGGAGAGAUGAAGGUCGUACCUUGGUAG